UGGUACCCAAGUGACCAGCGUAGUCAUCUCUUAGGAUGUUUGGUCGACUUGACGGAAAAUCCCAAAUGCUUCCCAUAUCUCGUGAGUUGGUCCGGGAUUCGCCCAUUGCACGCGAAUGAAGAAUCGUCACACCCGGACGGAUUGACCACGAUUGCGCAACUACUGUCCAGAGCCCCAGAUAUGGCCGCAUCAGCUGCUUUGUGUAAACUGAUUGAAAUGGCCACAAUUUCGUCAAAAACGUCCGAGCAACAAUCCACGGAAAUCACUGUAAAAGAAAACACACAAACGGUGCAACCAUUCACCAUUUUGGACUCCCAUUUCAAUGUCAUAAGUUGUGGACCGACGCUGGUUGAAUUGCUCUGUCAUUUGUGGCGUGCCGAAGAAGCACACGCAUCGAGUACAACUACGAACGCGCUACUGAACUCUUCCGGUAAGCGAAUCAAAUUUUAA